GAGACACCAUGUCCUGCUCUGCAGGAUAUUCUUCCCUACUGGCCGCAGUGGAUUUUCAUUCUGAUGUUGGAAGGGAUUUGGCUCUGCCUGACCUUUCUGUUGCCGGUGCCAGGUUGUCCCAGGGGAUACCUUGGUCCCGGGGGCAUCGGAGACUUCGGGAACUAUCCCAACUGCACCGGAGGAGCGGCUGGCUACAUCGAUCGCUUGCUCCUUGGAGAAGAGCACAUGUAUCAGCAUCCCUCUUCAAGCGUGAUUUACCAAACAACGAUGCCGUAUGAUCCGGAAGGGAUCCUGGGGACCAUAAAUACAAUCGUUACGGCAUUUCUGGGACUGCAGGCAGGGAAAAUCCUCUUGUUCUACAGAGACCAGCACAAACAGAUUAUGGGUCGGUUCGUCACAUGGAGCACAGCAAUGGGCAUUAUUUCUGCUGUCUUGACAAAAUGUUCUAAAGAAGACGGGUUUAUUCCCAUAAACAAGAACUUGUGGUCAGUAUCCUACGUGACAACCAUGAGCUGCUUUGCCUUCCUCCUCUUACUGCUGAUAUAUUACCUUGUGGAUGUCAAGAGGCUAUGGUCGGGUGCUCCGUUUUUCUACCCAG